AUGAAGCUUGGAGUUGCUGGCAAGCCAAAAAUAGAUGUCAUAAAAGCUAUGCCUCAGGUGGAUGAAAAUGAAGUUGCUAAAGAAGUAGAAGACAAUGCAUCAAAGUCGCAUGAUUCAGUUCCUGGCGCAGAUAGACCAACAGUGAAGCCUGGAGUUGCUGGCAAGCCAAAAACAAAUGUCAUAAAAGCUAUGCCUCGGGUGGAUGAAAAUGAAGUUGCUAAAGAAGUAGAAGAUAAUGCAUCAAAGUCGCAUGAUUCAGUUCCUGGUGCAGAUAGACCAACAGUGAAGCCUGGAGUUGUUGGCAAGCCAAAAACAGAUGUCAUAAAAGCUAUGCCUCAGGUGGAUGAAAAUAUAGUUGCUAAAGAAGUAGAAGAAAAUCUUCGCUCUCCCAUUUGCUGCAUCAUGGGUCAUGUUGAUUCUGGUAAAACAAAGCUGUUGGAUUGCAUCAGAGGAACAAAUGUUCAGGAAGGUGAAGCUGGAGUUAUUACUCAACAGAUUAGUGCAACAUAUUUCCCUGCAGAAAACAUCCGUGAGAGGACCAAGGAGUUACGUGCUGGUGCUAAACUCAAGUUGUCAGGUCUAUUGGUUAUCGAUACACCUGGACACGAGUCAUUCACAAAUCUGUGGUCAAGGGGUUCAAAUUUGUGUGACUUUUCAAUUCCAGUGGUUGACAUAAUGUGUGGUCUAGAGCCACAAACCUUAGAAUCUCUGAAUCUUUUGAGAAGAAGGAAUGUAAAGUUCGUUGUUGCCUUGAAUAAGGUGGAUACGAUAUGUGGGUGGAAAAAAAGCAAGAAUGCUCCUCUAUUGAAGACAAUGAAGCAACAAUCGAGAGAUGUGGUUAAUGAAUUUAACAUGAGAGUAGAUCAUGUUAAAACCCAGUUCCAAGAACAAGGAAUCAAUUGUAUGCUUUAUUACAAGAACAAAGAAAUGGAAGAAACUAUAUGUAUUGUACCUACUAGCGCUAUUAGUGGGGAAGGGAUCCCAGAUCCUUUGAUGUUGUUGGUUCUAUGGGCUCAGAAAACAAUGGUGGAGAAACUCACAUAUGUUGAUAAAGUGCAGUGUACUGUCCUUGAGGUCAAAGUUAUUGAAAGCCAUGGUAUUACUGUUGAUGUUGUUUUGCUCAACGGUGUACUCCGUGAAGCUGAUCAAAUCGUUGUUUGUGGGUCACAGGGACCAAUUGUAACAACUAUUAGAUCAUUAUUGACUCCUUAUCCUAUGAACGAGACGCGGGUGAAGGGUACCUAUAUGGCACACAGGGAAGUAAAGGCUGCACAGGGUAUCAAAAUUGCAGCACCGGGCCUUGAACACGCUAUUGCUGGUACUACCUUGCAUGUGAUUGGACCUAAUGAGGACAUGGAAGAAGCCAAGAAAAAUGCCAUGGAAGAUAUUGAAUCAGUUAUGAACCGCAUUGACAAAAGUGGUGAAGGAGUUAAUAUUCCAAAUCUCUACCAGUUUCUUACAAGUUCUCCCAAUGUUGAAUCUGAGGAUGAUGUGCUUGAAAAUAUCUCCGAAGAAGACCUUCUAGAUGGAGUGCCUGAGGACGAGGACAUGCUUGGAGAAAUCUCUGAAGAUGAGGCAGGAGAUGCACUAGAGGAAAUUGUUGAGGACAUUGUACAUGAGGAGGCUGUGGAAGGCCCAGUGGGUGUACACAACAUUGGAGAUGUGCUUAGAGCUGCUUGGGAAAAGAAGGAAAGGAAGAAUGCAUCAAAGCGAGAGAAAUCUCCUGCCACCAAAGCCCGCAUCAAAGCUGCAAAGAAGAAAAAGGCUGCUCUGAAGAAGGCUGAGAAUCGGCAGGCUCAUAAGACCAACAAGGGGAACUACCAAGGUAUGAAAAAUGCACAUGCAACCAUCUUCCCGAAAAAGUUGAGUCACAUGCCAAGCAGGAAACAGACGUUAGAUUCUGUGAGGAUAAAUCUCUUAUGA